AUGCGAGAACAAGGAACGGCAAUCAGCAGCGCCGUCCUCAUGCGCCCCUGUUCUCCCCCGGGCAUGACCACGUCCAAGAGCUCCAAGUCGUCGUCCUUUCGCUCCCUGAACAGCGACGACGGCAGCGAUCUCGUCGACGCCAGCCACUUCGAAGAUAUUGGCCUCGACGACGCCGUCACGCUCAAGAGUUCGUCGGGCAGUCUCGCCGUCCGCACCAACCCGACGCCGCUCGCCAUCCCGUCGCCGGGUAGGAACAUCGCGGCCAAACGAACGGCGAAGCCUCGACGCUCCUUCCCGAAUCUGCACAGCGCCGUCUACGCGUCCAACCCGAGAAGCACGAGCGUCACGGGCCUUUCCGACCCGCGCUCCAUCGUCCUCACGAAAAACCUCUCGACCUCGCUGCCCUUUGUCCCGCGCCGCCACCGGAGCACGAGCCCGGCCCAGACGCUGAACCCGCGGGUUCCGAGCAAGCCGUCGAGGCAGAGGCGCGGGAGCUGGCAGGUGAACCGCGACCGCCGAAGCCUUCAGGAGAUCGAACACGACUGCGACGAGGAUGACGGCGAUGACAUUCCCGACGGCAUCAUCCUUGACAACGUUCCCAUCUCGCCUCGCCCCGCGAGCGAGCGGCCAUCCAGCCGCGGCACCUCCUUGUCCCCCUCGCCCGAUGGCGCGCCCAAGGAGCGCGUCCGAAGCGUCGGGAACGGCACCCCGCCCGUCUCCCAGGCCCACGGCUCCCUGCGGUCGCCUGCCCGGCGGGCAGAGGGCGUCGACAGGAACUCUCCGCUUCCCGCUCCCAUCCGGACGCGGACCCUGAGCUGGAAUGCCGCCCACGCCGAGCUGAGUGACGAGGCCAAGGCUCUGACCGAGAAGCUCGAGCAGCACGCGGACGAGGAAGUGGUGCAGCACGCCAGACGACCGACCAUCCCCGGCCGGCCCAACACCUGGAACUCGAGCCAGUCCCCGCUCGAUCAUUUUUACGACAAGAAGGAGAGGGUCAAGUCGUCGACUCCCGAACUCCCUCCCCUGCGGCGAUCCAACAUCAUGGUCGAUCCCCUCCCCAUCUCGAAGGAGAAGGAGGCGGUCCUAAGCCGCACGCGACCCUCGUGGCUGCCCCCCAAGGAUCGGGCCGAGGAGAAGCGGCAUCUGAAGGAGUACCAGAGGAUGAUGGUCGCCAGCGCCAAGGCCGACGAGCGACGCGAGGCGGCACGGCAAUCGAAGACGGAGUCUCGGGACGCCAACGCCAACAGUUCGAUGCAUAUUUGGGAAAACGACAUCCUGCCGCGGUGGAACGAGGCGAUCCGAGAGCGCAAGACCAGGGACUUGUGGUGGAAGGGCAUCGCCCCGCGCAGCCGAGGCGCCGUCUGGACACGGGCCGUCGGCAACGAGCUCGGCCUCUCCGGCACGACCUUCCGGACGGCCCUCGCGCGGGCCCACGACCUCGAGGCCCGCGUCAAGACGGGCAGGGGCGACUCGGAGGAUGUGAGGAGGGCCAAGUGGUUCGAGCAGAUCCGGCACGACGCGGGCGACAAGACGUGGAGGGACUUGCGCAUCUUUCAAAUCAGCGGACCUCUUCACCAGGCGCUCGUCGACGUGCUGAGCGCCUAUGCCAUGUACCGGAACGACAUCGGCUACGUUCUCGGCUGCAACACCGUCGCCGCGCUCCUGCUCCUGAACUUUCCCGACCCGGAAGCGGUAUUCGUCACCCUUGCCAACCUCCUCAACCGACCUCUGCUCCUCUCCUUCUACACAUCCGACCAAGCGGCCCAAACGGCGGCGUUCAAUCUCGUGCUGCAGAAGCUGAGCCGCAGCUCGGCGGCGCUGUACAAUCACCUGACGCAAACGGUGCAGGACUUGGAUCCGAAGCUCUACCUCAGGGACCUGUUCGUGAGCAUGUUCACGAGCUACCUCGGCGUCGACGAGGCCGCCCGGCUGUGGGACGUCUACGUCUUCGAGGGCGACCCCCUGCUUGUCCGCGCCGCUGUUGCCGUCCUCCUGUCGCACGAAAUGGCGCUGCUAGGCAGCAGGACGGCCGCCGAGGUCAGGGCCGUCAUGUCCAAAGCCGAGGCGAAAUCAUGGACGGGCGCCGCUGGAGAGAUUGGAGCGGAAGAACGCUUCAUGCAGGCGGUCCGCGACGCGGGCCACCCUUGA